AUGAGCGGAUUUGGUGAAGAAUCUGCGGACGAAACAACCCAGUUACUGCCAAAGCAAGCAAAAACCGAGCCUGAGAAAAACAGUAAAAUAUUUAGACUAUGGCAGGUUGGAGCACUUAUCGGAAUCCUCUUGGCAUACGCGGAUACCUCUCUUGUGUGGGCGACUCAUGAGACGAUAGCGUCACGAUUUAAUAGCCUUCAGAACUCGUCAUGGAUGAUGACGAGUUUCACGAUGGGGUAUUGCGUAACAUUGCCGCUGUAUGGAAGAUUAAGUGAUAGUUAUGGUAGCCUACGCCCUCUACUGGUGGCGUACUGUACAUUUUGUAUUGGUAGCACACUCUGCGGAAUAGGUCAAACCUAUUGGCAGGUGAUUUUGGGUAGGGUUGUUGCCGGCUGCGGGGCAUCAGGGAUGGUCUCUCUGGCUUCCAUUAUCAUCACAGAGCUCGCCGACUCUUCCGACGUCGCGGUUUUACGAAGUUAUGUCAAUAUAGCCUCAACAAUCGGACUCUCAGGGGGUGGCCCGCUUGGCGGGUUUCUCGCUGGAGCAAUUGGAUGGAGAUGGUUAUUUCUCGGCCAAGUCCCAAUCGCAGCUGCUUCUUGUUUGCUUAUGGCGAAGAGCUUCGAAGUUAUGUGCCCAAAAGUAGAACAGCAAGAGGAACAACAGCGAGAAGAAUCUGUCCUGGCUUUCGAUUUCCCAGGGGCGAUCACUCUUGCCAUAGCAAUAUCCUCGCUUUUGGCAGUCAUCGAUUUACAGGGCUCGCUGUCCGGGUCGCAUUCUCUUGUUCAGAGUUUGAUUGUUAUUGGCGCAAUCUCCACAUUAGCCUUUCUUGUCUUCGAGACCUUUCCCGGUAAUAGGGAGCUCUUGAUGCCCUUGAAGCUUUUGAAAACAGAGAUAGGUGCAUUUUGUGCUGGACAGUUACUUAUAGUUGCGAGCGGUUAUGGGUUCGUUUCUCAAAUAGCACCUUACUUUGCAAAUACUCGGGGAGCCUCAGAUGCAGAAGGUGGGGGGCGAACAGCUCCUUUUAGUAUUGGAAACGCUAUAGGUGCUCUGCUCGCAGGACAAAUAAUCAAAAGAUUUGGAACUUACAAAAAGCUUUCUAUCGUCUCGCUGUUCUUCUGCAUCACCAAUUCCGUGGCGAUCCUUAUCCGAUGGCCUCAUACUAUCGGCGUUUGGGAGGGAAUCAUGACUACUUUUCCAUUCGGUCUCUUUGGUGGCAUAGCCCUCUCUGCACAGUUCAUCGGCUUGUACCAGUGUUCUUCGAAGCAAUAUAUGGCCACAGCUAUUAGCAUGUACUAUAUGAGCCAACAAAUCGGUGUCGCCCUGGGCAUAAGCAUUAGCUCGGGGCUUUUGAAGCACCAGUUCCACGUCACCUUGCAGAAAAUAAUGACUGAAAUCCCAGGUUAUACAAAGGAUCAAAUUAUCCAGAGAAUUUUGGAUGAUUCCUCUGUAGUGGCACUGCUGCCUGAAGCGAUCCAAUCACUCAUACGCCAGGGUUAUCUUGCAAGUUUCUGGGUCGUACCAGUCUUUGUUGUGUCAACACAGGCACUCACCAUUCUGCCUAUGAUUUCUACGAUGGAGAAGUAUUCAUACUGAGUGUAAGAUUAUGGCAGGGAGCACUACGUAUUUGUAUAUUGGGAAAAUUAAUCGAC